CAUAUAGGCACGAAGUCGAGGUAGAAAUGUGAUGAAUUUUACAGAGCGUGUACUAAAUAUCGUCAGCUGAAUUUCUCGCUUUUCUCUUCAUUUCUCUUCGUUCUUCGAUUUAGUUAUUUGUUAUUCAAAUCAAAGCAAACAAUUCUGAAAGGUAGUCCAGUAUUUUAAGCAGAACCUUUGAAAAAAGGCCUACAGCGACGAGUUUCUUGUCGAUAUUUGCACAUCUUUGUGUUGGGGAGUCUUUCGCCGGUUUCAACGGUAAUCGAGCCUUUUGCCGUUGUUUUUGUCUUCGGUGACGGCUCUCUUUCGCUGUCGUCUUUUGCUUUGAAGAACGCUAAAACUGGCGGGCUUGGAAGUAAUUAAACGAUCUUCAUUUAUACACCAUGGCGAUCGCGAAUCGACAGGUACAAUGGAAGAAUGCGAAACGGAAGAUCCAAAUUGCUUAUCAUCAUGCGACGGCAUAGAGAAAGACGACACACAGGAGUGGUGUUCUGACAUUUUAGGCGAUGAUAGUUAUGUAGAAGAAACACUGUCCAAUUCCGAUAAUCUGGAGGUUGAAAGUGGAGUAGAAAGUGCCACAGGAGAUGUAGCUGAAGCAGAUUUUCUUGAACCCGAAUUCGCUGGAGACGAACUAUAUUUGCAACUGGGAGAUCUUGAUUUGACAACAGAACAGGCGCAGGAAACGUUGAAAUAUUUUACUUUGGCAUCAGAUCGAACCAACCAGAUGAGUAAGACGUACAAUGAUUUGGAUGCCAUUUUGCAGCUUCUACAGGAGAAAGAGAAGGACUUGGAGCUUGCAGCCAGAAUUGGCCAGUCCUUAUUGGAGAGGAACAAGCAACUAUUGGCCAAAACACAGGCAUUUGAAAAUUUGGUGUCAGAAUGCGACGAAAAGGAGACACAACUUCAACAUGAAGUAUCCAUGAAAACUGAACUUCUCCAGAAAUUCAUUAAAGAUCAGGAAAUGGACGAGUUCUACCAGUUAUCUCAUCGCUCUGAUGAAGACAGUCGCAGCACUGACAGCUCUUGCAGAGAUGACUCCAUCAAUUCACUUCAACAGAAAUGCCAGGCUCUGGAGCAACAAAACACUCAUCUCAUCUUAGAGGCUUUACAGCUAAAGGAAGAAACAGCAACUGUGGAAAUGAAGGAACAACAACUGGUUCUGGACUGUGUCAAACAAUUAGUGGAAGCUAAGGAUCAGAUUUCUGAUUUGACGGACGAGAUCUCGCAGAAGGCAGAGGAUAACAUCAGACAGCAGGAGGAGAUCACUCAUCUUAUUACAACUGUUGUGGAUCUUCAAAAACGGCACAAACAGGUCAGUGAUGAGUGCUUACAAGGUUGUUUAGAAACACUGGCAUUGCCUAUCAACUGACUUGGAUUUUCUCUGUUUCUGUGCAAGGUGGAUGAUUUACAUGAAAAAUACCAUGAAUGUUUGGAGAUGCUAAUGGAAAAUCAGCGGGAAGUGAAAAAGUUAAAUACAAAGAUUGAGAGUGGUAAACUGCCCAGAAAGUUGUCUUCAUCACCGCAGCACUCCUACCAUGAUGCACGUGACUCCAUUGCUUUGGAGAUCGAGGAAAGCGUCAAAAGAGACCUUACCUCCCAACAGGAGAAACGAGAGCACACUGCUCGUGUUAUGGAAACUGUACGUGCUAUUAACACAAAAAGAACCCGAAAAGGUCUAACCUCCAAUUCGAAGGAUGCCAAUUCUCCUGAGGGGUCAGGCUUUAAGUUCACUUACUCCCCCGCAGUAACUGAAUCGAAAGCCUCAGUGGAAGGUGCGGGAAAGACUCAAACUGGGAACCCUGUGGCGGAUCGGCGAGUAUCCUACGGACGUCGCCCAUUCAGAGCUCCAGAAAAACUCCAGAUUGUAAAACCAAUUAAGGGUUCCGUGACGCUGCAUCAGUGGAAAAAAUUAGCCAACCCCACCCUGAAUUUGGCGGAGACUCGACCUGGGGUACACGUGAAAGGAGAGGGCCCGGAUGCACAGGAAAAGGAGCCAAGAGAACGGAAGGAGUCAAGUGAUUUGGACGUAGACGAGUACGAGGAAGAUGAGCCCUUGUACAUGAAUCUUCCCCGUACCUCGGAGAGUACCUCCGAAGCUGCUAGCCAAACAGGGACAGAAGAUGGCGACGAGGAUGAUGAACCAAUCCAGAUGCGAGUCUCUCACGGGCUUGAAAAAGGGACCACGUCCCAAAAGAAGGAAGAGACUAUGGCUGGGAAGGGUAGCUCUAAAAAGACUUCUCCACAGCAGCUAGGGCUAAUAUCGCUUGUAAGCGGUCAAGGCUUCCAGGGAGGUUUCAAAGAACGUGGUGGCGACAGCGGCAGUAUCUUGACGCACUUGCUAAACAGCCCCUCCUCGACAUCUUCAGGGACAUCCUCAGUGGGUAAGGUACUUGCUGACGUCCUCAGUAAAGCAAGUAAGGAGGCCUCUGAAAAGGAGCCAAGUAGGGCCGAGUCCCUUCGCAACUUGGCGAAUUACUUUAGUGAGAAAGAGCGUGGUAAUAGCACGGCGCAAUCCCAAGUCAAAUCACCUACCUCCCCUCCCCCAGUAGUACCUUUCACAAGCACCCUACCCUCGUCUGGAGGUGGAAUGUUGUUGAGCAAGAUACUCGGUACUAGUGGCUUAUCAGCUGGUUUGACGAUACCUGCGCCAAUCACUACGACCGCUAAGACCAGUGGUCUGCCCAGCACCACGAGCAGUACAUCAACCACUCCAAGUGUUCUUACCCGAAGUACUUUGGUCAGGAACUCCAGCGGUAGUAACUUAUUAAACUUGGCCCAAGGUGCAAUGGUAGAAGAUGCCUCAAAUAAGCGUCACAGUUUAGACUCGUCUCAGCUGCUUAAGAAAUCAAAUAAUUCCGAGUCAGAGUCGUCUUCGGGACUUGAUUUUUCUGAAUUGAAGUUUCCCACACUGCGCAGGCGUGCCAGCAGCGGUGAUCUUCAAGAGAUGGGAAGUUUAAGCAGUUUUGACCAGUUUGGCAGUGGAGGACUAGGCGCACGACUGAAACGAAGCUCUAGUAUCGGUAAUAUGAAGGACCUUAGCAACGAGAGCCUAGCAGGGUCCUCAGGAGACGCUUCUGAGGGAGGCUUUUUUAAUCGUCUUCGUCGUACACCAAGUAUAGGGAGCCUAACAAGUCUGGUGCAGCGAUCCAAUUUUUCGGUUGGUUUUUCAAAUUCGCUUGCAGGAUCAAAGCAACGGUCUACAAGUUUAGAUGCCCUUCCGGUGUUCAAGCCCGGUGAAUCGCCUCCGUCUCCUUCCAAGUUCGAUCAAGAUGGGGGAUAUUUCUUUGGCAAGAACGCGCCUUCUUCCAGUGUUGAUGCAAUACCCGGAGCCACCGGUGGGUUUUUCGGCGGAGGCACUAAAUUGAGUAGCUUGGCUGGGGUCCGGGGAUUUUGGUCCCAAGGAGGGAGUAAGAGUUUGGACAGCCCUGCCGCACCUGUUCAGGCGCCACCCCCGAAGAGCGAAGAGAGACUGGAAAAAAUCAACAACGCUUUUGCGUUUGAGGACUUCGGCGGACUUGGCUUGAUGUCCUUCUUCGGAGGAAAAUUGCGUGGGUCAAGAUCAGAUAGUCAGUGACAUUAAAACCGCUGGGACGUGUCAGAGACGGACAACCUCCAGCAGGGUUGGAAGCAACGCUGAGAUGUUUGCUAAUGGUUUUUCUGUUGAUGCGGCUGUUUUAAACAGAAAUUUUCAAAUCAAAUUAAAGUUAACGAUGGCAGUGACGCCAAAGUGUAAUAGUAAAAUUGAAAAUAAUGAUGAGGAUGUCUUUUUUUUUAUAUUUUUUUACUGACUAUUUAGCAUUUGAAUGGUAACUUUGAUUCUGUUAUUUUUGAAUUGGCUCAUUUUUAUCCUCUUGUUAAUCUUUAUUCAACAAUGAGAUGGUAGUCGAUUGUCGAAGCUCAAGGGUCUCGUGACAUAUUGCGAGAAGUGAUAACGAGACAAAAUUAUUUAUUAACCCUUUAACUCCCAGAAGUGAUUAACAUAAAACUUCUCCCUACAACAUCCAUACGUUCUUCAGCAAACAGGUAAUGAGAAUAUUCAACGUUAUCCGGUAGAAGCUGCUAUCUUGAUCUAACACCAAGUUCUCAUAACUAAUUUACAAGGAAAUGUGUAGCAGCUACAGGGGAGAAUUAACAAUCAGAUCUUGGGAGUUAAAGGGUUAAGUAUGAAUAUUGCUCUUUGAAGCACGUCGCGAUAUUACCUCGUCAAAGGGAGGAUGAAUGAGCUUAAGUAAAUAAUUUUUAAUUUUAUCAUUGGUGGAAUGACCUAAAUCAACUCAAGCCAUUUUGUGGUGAUUCUUCGAGCUAGGAUCUUGCAGAGUGGUCUUAUUUUUAACCGUUGUUAUGGUGUUUUUCAUGGUGUAAAGGUUUUUAGUGUAUAUUGUACAAGUAAAGGCAGCUCAAAUGAGGGAAGAAUUUACGAAGGAUAAAAAAAAUUUAUUACGAGCUCACAAUCAAGGGGGGUAUUUAUGGGUAAAAAGAUAUUCGUGUGGUUCAAAUUUGCCCCACCUUGCAUUGUGUAAGAUAAAUAUAUAUAUUUUUGGUUCAGAAAAUAAGGUGUGGUUAGAUGCAGCUAUUAGUUCCUAAGCAACCUUCUGCUUUUGUUUUCAGUUGGUUAAGAAUAAAAUAAAUGAGUUGUAAAGGUA